UUCCGUAAGGCAAUCGAUAACAGGCGCGUCUUUUGAUCUUGUUUACAUUUCUACUUUCGUAAAGCCUAAACAAGGCCUUACCUAGGCCAAGCAAAAACACUGUAUUCUAUUGGACCAAGCUUUGUUAUGUAUCCUGCAUGAAGUAACUUCAGUUGAUCUGAGCUUCUGGACAAGGUGCGGAUGAAGGAAAAGCUGCCAUGGGAGACAUUGUUCAGCAGGCCCAAAUGGCUGGCCUCUUUGAUGGAUCCCUGUCAUCUUGCCAGGGCGAGCUGCAGGAGCUGAUGCGUCAGAUUGACAUCAUGGUCAACAAUAAGAGACUGGAGUGGGAGGCUAGCAUCAAAGCCUCAGAGGCUCAGGUCAGGCAGAGAGAUGAGGAAAUCAUCACCAUCAAAAUGGCUCUGGAUGCGAAAACAUCAGAGACCAAUCGUUUGACACAUGAAUCCGUUGGAAUGGAAAGGACUCAGAAGGAAUUGGUCACCCAAUACGAGCAGCAGGUCGACCAACUGAGGAGAGAACUGGUAGCACUGCAGAAGAGUUAUGAGAAGUUACAGCGUCACCAUGGCAAACAGAAUGACAGUGUGGAAAAGGUCAAAGAGGAGUCAGAGGUCAAGCUAAGAAAAGCCAGGGUUGACCUUAGGAUGGCUGACACCAAGAUUGAGGAUUUUGAAAGUCAGGCACAUGAAUGGGAUGUCCAGAGACGAGCAUACAAGAAGCAAGUGGAAGGCUUGGAAGCUCAGAGACAGAAACUGGCAGAGAAGUGCCAGGUUUGUCAGCAAGAUACAGCAGCCUACAAACAUCAGCUAGCUAAGCGUCAACAAGCCCUAGACCAGAACGACCUGGACUUUAGAGCUCGCAUCGUUCACAUCGAAGCUCAACUACAGAGGGCGCAAGACACCCUGGAUGGUAAGAACACUGCUAUCCAGCGGCUUGAGGAGCUAUUGGAAGAGGCUGGAAAGAGGAAGAGGAUGGUGGUGGACGAGAACCAGCAGCUAUUGGAGGAUGUUGGCAGGAAAGAACACCAAAGACAGAUGAUGGAAUCUGAAGUUAGCUCACUUCAACAGCAACUAGAAUCCAAGGAGGAGGCCCUUCGCUUGGUCCAGAAAGAAACCAAGGAACAGAUGGUUAUGUUUGAGAGCAAGGUCCAUUCUAGGGAAGCUAUGCUAAGGAGCCAUGAGGAUGAGGGAAGAAUGAGGACCAUGCAGGCUAGCGAAGAGACAUCCAGACUCAGGGCCCAGCUCCAGGACUCUCAGAGGAAGAUCCAGGACCUGGUGGAGUCUGAGGCUAGACUUAAGAUGGAGAUCAACAGACUAGAGAACAGGCUUGAUAACGUGCAGGGUGAUAAUGCAUCUCUUAAUAUAGAACUGACAGAGAGGAUUGAAGAGUUAAGAAGGCUGGAUAAUGAGACUAGGCAACAGCACCAAGUCAAUCUCAAACAAAAGAACCGGCUUGAGGACGGUCUAGAGCGCCAUCUGGAGGCAGAACUGAAAGGAAUGCGGCACGAGAUUGAGUCUCUGACUGGCGCCCUCACACAAAGAAAUGCAAUGGUGGAUACGCUGAGGUCAACGCUCGCUGCUUCUGAGCAAAAUUUGAGAGAUGAAAUGGAGAGGAAAGAGGGGGCAUGUAGUGAGCUACAGAUUGCAAAUGCUGAACUGGAAGCCCUGCGGGUUGAGAACCGCUCCUUGCAUGAUUCCUACAAGCACGGUCAAAGAGUGAAUGGAUUAGAAAGAGAGAUGGCAGAGGGGCAAUCUAGAGAGGGAACAUUGGGACCAGGACUAACAUUGCAAAAUCCAUCAUUGAGAUACAGUCAAGAGGUUAACAUCAAUGUGCUUCAGUCUCAGCUUCAGGCGAUACAACAUCAGCUCAAGAUGGCCCAGUCCUCUAGGCAUCCUGGCACAACACUUACCGGUGUGGCAGCACAAGACCGACGGAGGUCCAGUCCAAGAUCUAGUCCUGCUAGGAUAAGACCUGGUCUGGAUCCAACCAGGACUAGACCCUCAAGUAGUCCUCAGCAUAGAACAGAUCCUGGACCUAGAUCUGGUUUUACCUACAAUGAUCCAUUCGAGGGUAGUCAAAAUCAGAACUAUGCAAGAAUGUACCAACACAACAACCUUGCCAGCCCUAAUAGGAAUAUUGCAGGGAGGACAGAUCACCUGAAAGAGACUCCAGAUUCAGAGGUGAUGCAUUCCCUUGAGACCGGUUCCUUGGAAUCUGAGUCUCCUCUUCCAUCCCCACCCACCUUCGACAGCCUCAUUGGGCGUGAAAACAUGAUGGAAGAUGGCAUCUCAUCCGUUGACGUCUCCAGUUUAUCUGACAUGGGUCUGAUGUCAAAAGAUAUGAGGAGUAAUAGACCACCAUCAAGGGAAUCAGUGGGAACACGAUUCCUUCAGGAAGAUCAAGAGCACCAGGCAGAACUUGAACGGAUUCUCAGUGCACAUGUACAGGAUCUAGAACAGAAAACCACAGAUGCUUUGGCAAAACAUUCUCAGAGACUAGCACAAAGCAACAGAGACACAUGAUGUAUGUGUGAUUCUGCAAUGGGUGGUGGACCAAACGGCAAUGGAUGGAUUCUCAAUGGACAUGCCCAGAUUCUAGAACUUGAGACACUGCUGCUUUUAGUUAAAUACUCCCAAGACUAGCCCGAAGCAACAGAGAUGGGUGACCUACGUUUCUUUUUCAUAUGGUAGACCCAAUACAUCCAGCAGUAAAUACAAAUAGGCAGGUUUGGGUAUUAAAUACUUCUGCUGCUUUAUCCAGCACUCUCAGAGACUAGUGGAAAGCGAAUGAGUAAUGGGACAGUUAUAUCAUCCACAAUGACACUUUUUCCAUAGGGUGGACCGAGUAGCAAGUUGAACAGAUUCUCAGGGCGCAUGUGUGGGAUCUGAACAAAAGACUUCAGAUGCUUUAGCGAAUUCCUAGACGAGUUCAGAGCAACAUGACCUAUGCUUCAUCUUCAGAUGGUAGAUCUACAUGUGUGAUAUCCGUCAGUAUGAACCUCCUCCUCCCCACUCCUUCCUUUUUGUUUUGUUACUGGUGCGUGGAUAAUUCCCUGUAUAGCAUAGCUAAUUCAUUCAACUCACUGUAUAGAAAAUAUUGCUUGUGUUUUACAGAUCUGUGUUGGUGCCUGGUCAUCAGCAGAAGUGUAUGUGCUUCAUAAUAUACUUGUUUAUCAUCAAUUGCUGUGUGCUUCCAUGUUGAAUGCAAAAUUGCAAAUAUAUAUGUACAUGUAUUUUCUGAUUUCUGAUUCCAAAAUGUAUUUAUUGUGACUGUACAGUGUUAAUAAAGAUAAUCUAUGAAAUUCUAAAAA